GGGGAUACUGAUGCUGGUGGGUUUCUUUGGGAAUUUAAUGGCAUGUUACAUCUACACGGUCAGGCUAAAGGCCGUUUCUUCUCAACUGUUCCUGGUUGCCCUUGCUGUGUUGGAUCUGAUCAUGUGUAGCUUGUGCAUCCCAGUGGAGAUCGUCUCUAUAUGGUACAUGUACCUCUUCAACCACAACUGGCUUUGUAAGUGUUUUGGCACACUGUUACUGUAUUGUUCUCUAGCCUCUGGAUCAAUCCUUGUGGCUGUUGCAGUGGAUAGAUACAAACUGAUAUGUAGACCAUUUGGAAAGCAGAUGACACUACGGGAAACCAGGAGAGCCAUUUAUCUUUGUUUGUUUGCAACUGUUAUUGCUUCCGUGCCAUCGUGGAUUACGCAAGGGACACGGACUGUGCCAGUUCCAAAUUCAAAUAUCUCAGGAUAUACAUGUGCAACUAGUGACGACAUGAUAAACACACACUAUCCUUUGGUGUACCAUGGAUUUCAGGCAAUAUUAUUUGUGACGGGGAUUGUCAUAUUAUCCUCAUUAUAUUCCCGUAUUCUAAUGCGGGCAAGAAAACAGAUGCAGUUUCGGGAAAAGCUAAAAAGGGAUAUGUUUGUGAAUAAUGAAGGUUUAGGUGAUAAACCGUUGGCUGACGCAACACAACAUCAGACACACGCUCAAGAACAGGAAGAAUCUGACUCGGGAGAUGCAGAUUUUGAGCGUUGUCAAGGCAAGGAGGACGCUCUAACUCCAACGUAUUCAAUCCGCUGUGCUGUAGAUGGACUGGAGCAUUGUCAAGGCAAAGAGGAAGUUUUAACUCAAUCUCAUUCAAGCCGCUGCGAUCAGUCACUCAUCACAAACAGGGAAUCCCGUUCACGCCCAAUAGAUGUUGACGUGAUGUUUCAGAUUAGACCCAGUGAUGCAUCACAUUCAUCAGUUGGACUUGAAUCAUCACCUGGAAUUAGAAAUACCGAUAAAUGCGAUUUUUCUGGUGGAGACAGUCAUUUGGUGAGCAUACCUACGGAUCAGUGGACACUUCCGGCUGCUGAGGAAGCAGUCCAAAUAAAUGUCGCCUGUGCAAGACGAAACAUGUCUUUGGGCAAAAAUGAUGGUUCUCUAUCAGAGAUUGAUCAGGUACCAAGAGAACAAGAGGACGAUGCUCCAAAGGGUGACAUCGUGACGCCACGACGCGUCAAUCAAACCGGAAGGGCUAUGGUGUCGAGGACGACCACUAUGAUGAUUGUCAUAACACUGGUGUUUGUGGUGAGUUUCCUGCCCCAUCUCUGCGCAAUGGGAGUGCGCUCUAUUCUUCAGAAAACAUUUGAGGACCUUGACGGAUCACCUCUGGUGGUGUAUCACCUGUGUUUUCGCUCGUAUUUUAUAAAUUCUGCAGUGAAUCCACUGGUGUACAGUUUCUUCAACCUCAAGUUCAGGAAUGAGGUUAAAGGUGUUUUUAGAAGGCUCUGUGGCAGAAACACAGGGACGUAGAAUAUAUAGCAUGUCACAUUAAACCGAAUGUUGGACUGGCAUAUAUCCUUUGAAGUGGUCCAUAUUAGAUUAAAAAUAUCUGAAUCAUGAUGUUGUAUCAGUAUUAUUUAGCAACAUUAGAAAAUGUCAGGUAAAGCUGAGGAUGCUGUUUAAUAAUGUGACAUAUAAGUAAAACCGACCUACAGUCUUAAGGAGAGGGUAUCUUCAUGAAAAAUAGUAACUGU